CUGAUUGGCGUUACGCAGGUUUGCAGCUAUUAUUUAUUACACCAAAGCUUGGACGUCUCAUUUAUUCCGAGCGGAUCUCACUGCAGGAUCUAUCGUGCCAUCUCUACUCGCCAAGGCGCACGGGGCUAAUUCUUUCACCAAGUUAUAUCUGCUUGACAGCAAAGAGACAAAAUGAGGAGAGGUUUGCUGCUGGUGUCUCUGUUUCUCAUCAUGAAACUUCGAUGCAGCCAGUCCAGAUGCGAGGAGGAGUCUGGGAUGCGCAGAGUAACUUCAGAUCAGCCCUCAGGUGGGGAUACUUUCAAGCGGAACAUUCUGAAGAGAUUUAGCGAUUUUGAUUACGACAGCUUUGUGGGUCUGAUGGGAAGAAGAAAUGCCGAUGACGACGCUGUACCACCACCACCACAAAAAAGGGAAAUGCACGACAUUUUUGUUGGUCUAAUGGGCAGGAGAAACUCAGAGCCUGAUAAUAGCCCCUGGAGGAGAGAGUAUCCAGAGAGGAGAGGCAUCUUUCUCAACAAGUGCAGGCUGAGGUUUCUUCAGGGGCUGUAGGCAUUUACACAAGCAACCUUCUCAUUUAACAACAAAGGCACAGGAUCACAAAGAAUACCCACAAUAUAGUAAAUAUCUCAAGAUAACAACUUAAAGACAUGUUUCACACUGUCAAC